AUGAACAUGCGACCGUUGAAGCGGCCCCGUUUGGGGCCACCGGAUGUGUAUCCGCAGGAAGCCAAGCAACGGGAGGACGAACUUACUUCCACACACGUCAAACAUGGCUUCGCUACGGAGCACAAGCUAUCGGAAGAAUUCGGUACGGCUCGCAACUGCAACGUAUCAGCGAGUAAAGUCGGUGCCUAUUUCAACGCCAUCCUGGCGAAGAAGGAAGAACUGAUGACGCUGCCCGAUUCCGGCCGCAAAAAGCAACAGAUCAACCCGAAGGAUAACUUUUGGCCCGUGACCGCCCGGAACAAGACGACACUGGACACCUGGUUCAAGGAUCUGGCCGGUACGAAACCGCUGAGCAGCUUGGCGAAGAAGGCUCCAUCAUUCAACAAGAAGGAGGAGAUCUUUGCAAUGCUGUGCGAGAACCAGGUCACGAUGCAGCGGGCUGCUUGGUUUAUUAAGCUCAGCUCGGCCUACACCGUGGCGGUGUCCGAGGCGAAGAUAAAAAAGCGUCAAAUGCCCGAUCCGGCGACCGAGUGGACGGGUACGAUGAUCAAAUUUAUGAAAGACCUCGUACCGAAGCUGCACGAACACUACCAUCAAGGGCCGCUGCAGGAGAAACCGUCGUCCGGUGGAUCGGGUGCCAGUGGAGGCAUGACCGGUGCGAGCAAUACGCUCGGCAUGAGUUCGAGUGCCGGAGGUGCAAACCCAUCCACCAUUCCACCGCCCUUAUCCAGCCCGGCCGGAAGUAUGCACAGUCCAGCGGGUGGUAACACAGGUGUGGGUUCCAUGCAUCCACAGCAGCAACAGCAACCGCCUCCGUUAUCGCCCCAGGAAGAGCAAAGAAUAGCACAAAAGCAGUGGAACUAUUCCACACAGCUUUGCAAGUACAUGUAUGAGGAAGGUCUGUUGGACAAACAGGAGUUUCUCAAUUGGAUCAUUGAUUUGCUCGAGAAAAUGAAGUCCUCCCCCAACGCGGACGACGGUCUGCUACGGAUAUACCUUCCGUUGUCUAUGCAGUAUCUGCACGAUUUUGUCCAAUCGGAGCGAUUCUGCCGUCGGUUAGCGUACGCCGUUGCAAAGAAGUUGGCCCAACUGAUCAAUCAGAUGGCGGAAAGCCAUAACAUUAACCUUGCUGCACCAGACGCUGAACCGGGCGGGAAAACAUCGAUGGAUAUGCAGGAAGGAAAGGAUAAAACGCUCGAGAAACCUUCCAAGGAUGGUGCCGUGGGUGUAACUCCUGCCCUAGGGGAUACGAAACCGACGAAGGCGAAUCCAUUUGAAAUGAUUUUCACCGAAUACCUUCACUGUUCACAUCACAGGGACGUGAUGUUGCAGCUAUCCACAAUUCUGCAGGUGAUUACACUCGAAUGCCCGACUGCGCUGGUCUGGUGUGGGGUUGGCGAAACACGUUCCUCUUCCGUCCUUUCCGGAAGCCCGUUGGAUCACCUACCGGUUGCGCCGUCUGCGCUGCCAAUGCCCGAGCGGUACGAAAAAUCGAACGAAGACAUCCGGCGACAGUUGUUCGAGGCGGAGGAAAGCAUCAAAGUUCGAUCACGCCACGCCGAAUCGCGCUGGUGCAUCGACAAGUGGCAGACGGCGGCGGGCAACGCCAGUCUCAAAAUAUUGGCCACCCUGGACGCACUCGACGGACACUGCUUCGAUCGCAUGGACUCGAACAACUCGCUCGAUUCACUGUACUCGAAGAUUUUCCCUCCGUUCCAAGUGCAACCGAUCAAACCGUCGGAAAGUGUUUCCAAUGGUGGCAUGGGGAAGGGGAUGCAGAGCAGUGGCCAACAGCCGGGAGCAACCGAUGGAAAGGAUGCUGCUACGAAACAGUUUGAAUAUAACGUUGAACAAGACGCCUCCAUUGUAAAGAUCUUGUGCGAAUGGGCCGUUUCCUGGCAACGCUGGGGAGAACAUCGUGCAAUGGUGGUUGCCUGGUUACUGGACAAACGGCAGAACGAAGUGCUUACUGCGCUCGAAAACGACAGCUACAGCAACAACCUGAACAACUCGGAUGAUAAAGAUUCCGUGCUGUCCGGCAGUGGGCUUAACGGCGGUCAGCCCGUGUUUCAGCACAUCCUGAUGAACUUCCUCGACAACGACGCACCUGUGUUGGAGGAAAGUGGAGGGACUCAGAACAAAUCGCAGUUCACGAAUCUCGUCCAUCUGUUCAGCGAACUGAUCCGGCACGAUGUGUUUUCCCACGAUGCGUAUAUGUGUUGCUUGAUAUCCCGGGGGGAUUUGCUAACGGGCGCUGGCGGUAUGCUUUCGCUCGAUAGUCAGGGUAUUUGCAAUGCAGGGUUGGGAACGGGUCCGAUUUCAAACAAACCUACCACAACCUCGUCGCCACACAACGCGACCGGGAUGGACGAAGACGUGCUGCAGACGGACUUUAAGGCGAAGCUGGAGGAUCUGGACGACUCGAACGUGGACGAUGAUCUCGAUAAGCUGCUGCAGCACAUCAAAGAGGAUCAGCAGAACUCCAUGGACGCACCUGAUAGUCCAAAAGAUCCGGAACAGGCGACACCGUCGGUGGCUGGCCUGGGUAAGGCGGAAUCAUCCAGUCGUCAUUUUCUAUACACCGAGCACUUCCCACUGUGCCAGGAUGAUCCGAUCUCGCAGCACGACUGCAACCAGCGGUACAUUCUCCUGUACGGUGUCGGUAAAGAGCGCGACGAGAAGAAGCACGCGGUCAAGAAGAUGUCAAAGGAGAUCUGCAAGCUGUUUUCGAAAAAGUUCAGCAUCGACGUCGCCGAGGGUGGCAAAGUGAAGAAGCAUUCCCGCAGCGAGUUCAACUUCGAGGCCACCUCGAACAAGUGCCAGGCGAUGUCUUACUUUGAUCAGCACGUCGUCACGUGGCAGUGCGCGGUGCAGGUGCAGGAAAUGCUGAACGCGUUUGCCAUCGGUAACAGCAACUAUCUGCCGGUGCAGGAGCACGUGGCGUUCCUGUUCGAUCUGAUGGAGUCGGCGUUUAACAUCUACGGGUUGAUUGACACGUGCAUUCAGAUUCUGCGCGAACUGCCCGAGGUGGAACAGCAGCUGAAUGGAAAGAGUUCGGCGGCGCUGGUCCGAAGCUAUACGACCUCGCUCAGUCUGUACGUGGUGGGUGUGCUGCGGCGUUACCACUGCUGUCUGCUGCUUUCGCAGGAACAAACGACGGCCAUCUUCGAAGGGCUUUGUCGGAUCGUGAAGCAUGUGAGCAACCCGAGCGAUUGCAGCUCCGCCGAACGGUGCAUCCUCGCGUACCUGUACGAUCUCUACUCCGCCUGUUCGUCGCUCAAGUCGCGACCGCAACAGGAACCGUUCCACAAUGCCUACCCGAAGAUCAAACAAGCUCUCUACACCCCGCUCCAGCCGAGUCCGUCGGCGCAUACGUACAACCCGCAGUUCAUGAUCGACAUCAUAACGAACCCGCGGCGAGGCGGUAAGAUCGAGAACACUUGGGCCCGCCAGCUCAACGAGUCCGCCUCGAACCGGUACAGCUUCGUGUGCAACGCGGUCGUUGCUGUCACGCGCGACAUUGAUAAUGACUGCCUGAACGAUAUCGCGGCGAUGUGCGCGGAACUGACGGCAUGCUGCAAUUCGCUCAGCACCGAGUGGCUCGGAGUACUGAUCGCCCUGUGCGGCUCCAAUCGGGACGCCGGCUACUACGUGGACGUGCUGAGCCAGGUGGACGUGCAGAAUACCAACAUCCACAACGCACUCUCCGUGUUCACCAGCAUCUUGGUGGCACGGCAUUGCUUUUCUCUGGAAAAUUUCGUCGCUCACGUGGCCCUCCCCUCGUUGGUGCAAGCCUGCAAGGGCCGAGGGGAAACGACUCCGGAAAUUGAAGCUGGCGCACGGCUCUCCUGCCAUCUGCUGCUGCGCCUAUUCAAAACCAUCGAAUGCCCCCAGCCCGGGCUGUACUCGGUCAGCACGUCGCCGAACCCGAUCACGGUUGGAAAUGCGCACAACAUCAAGCUGAGCUGCGAUCGGCACUUGCUUGCGGCGGCACACAAGAACAUUGGCGUGGCACCCGUGCUGGCCGUGCUGAAGGGUAUCCUCGUGGUGGGCGAUGCGACGGCGCACAAGGUUUCGUCCAUCUUCGGCACGGGCAAGCGGAGCGGCCUGAACACACCCGUACACCCCGGCAGCACACCGAAGAGUAUGGCCGGAUCGGGUGACCUGAGCCAUAUCCUGGGCACCAGCGACCUGUCCGUGUUGGGCAACGCGGACGAAUCGAUGCUGGAUGUUUCGAUGAUCGAAAUGGGGGAACUCUCCCCAAGCGCCUCCGCUCGAUUAUACUCUAGCAGGUGUGCGAAUGAUUUGCCGUUUGAGCAGCAGAAUUCCCAUCUCAACCAGGAAAAUGCAACUAGCUUAUCAGACUUUGCACAACAUGUCCUGCGACAGAUUUGCUCCCAGGAAUGGGUUCUCGAACGUUGUUUGCAAAACGCGGAAGAACUGUGCCAACAGGGCAUGCUGAUCGAUAAUCUGCUGACGGCCAAGCAAGCCCAACGGUUGCUGCACAUGAUCUGCUAUCCCGAGCACGAGUCCAACCUGAUCGCCGAGCUGGAUCAGAAAGCGAUCAUCGUCCGCAUACUGGAGAACCUCGAGCAAUGGUCGCUGCGUAUCUCCUGGCUCGAUCUUCAGUUGAUGUUCAAGCAAACGAACUGCAGCUCGCCGGAACUGUCGAACUGGCUCGACAUGGUGGCGCGGGCAGCGAUCGACGUGUUCCGCGUGAACGAGUUCUGUCUGAGCAGCGCGACGGACGUGAAGCAGGAGAAGGUAAAACCCUCCACGUGGUUGGUGGCCCCGCUGGUUUCCAAGCUACCGAGCGCCGUCCAGGGCCGCAUACUGAAGGUGUCCGGGCAGGUGCUGGAGAGCACGAGCAUGUUUAGCAAGAACAAGGACGGAAACGGAGGCAAUAGUAGCAGCAAUAACAACAGCCACAGCCACGGUGCGAACAGCAACAGCUCGGUCAGUUCGAAUGGAAGCACCUUCGGGAGCAAACAGUCGGCUCAGUUGAACCAUCAACCGUUCCUGGGGUUGGUGUUGACCUGCUUGAAGGGUCAGGAUGAGCAGAAGGAGGGAUUGCUCCAAUCGCUCUACUCCCAGCUGUCUCAAUUUUUGCAGAAUCGAGAUCAAAGUCUCGAAAUGGUCGGCGGUAUCGAGGAUCCGUGCGGGUUCGAAAAGAUGUUAGACGCCCUCCAGCUGCGCUACUCGCUGGUCGGUGGUCUGUUCGACGCUAUUAUGAAGAAUGCCACCUCUACGACUGACUGGGCCAUCCUCUUCGCUCAACUCAUCAGCCAAGGCGUAAUCGAUCUGAGCAACAACUCGGAAUUGUUUACCACCACACUGGACAUGCUGGCCACACUGAUCCACUCGACGCUGGUCAGCGACAGCCAGACGGAGCGCGAUGAGAACAAAAAGUUGUACACCAAUCUUAUGAAGAAGCUGCGCAAGGAGCUGGGUGACAGGAACGGUCCAUCGAUUAAGUACGUCCGCCAGCUGCUUCCCCUGGCCAAGCAGACGUGUGAGGUGAUCACCUGCGACUCGGCUGGUUCGUCGACGGAUGCGAAGGGCAACAAGAUAAGCAUCGAUAGUAUCGAAAAGAAAAAUGGUCUUCGGUUGGGCGACAAACAGCGUGUAAGUGUUUGGGAUUUAUUGGAAGGGCACAAGAAUCCCGCCCCCCUCUCCUGGGCCUGGUUUGGAGCGGUGAAAAUUGAGCGCAAACCGCUAGCGUACGAGGAAACACAUCGUUUGCUGAAGUACCACACACAUAGCCUUUUCAAGCCAAGCAGCUACUACUACGAACCAUUGCCACUACCUCCGGAAGAGGUUGAUCCACUGCCGGACAAAAUAAAGGACGAAAUGAAGGCAGAUACGCCCUCGUCCGAUCAAUCACCGGCACCCAGUACCGGCUCGAAGAAGAAGCCGGGCCGGGGAAAACGCAAACCGAAAGCAACCGCUGCCAGUCAGGCGCAGCAGAACCAACCUCAGCAACCGGUCCUGCCGGCCAACAUGGUUGGCCAAGGCGCUGGAGGUGGUCCUCAGCAAAUGCAGCAGAUGGCUUCGCAGCAACAACCACAGCAGCAACAGCAACAACCGCAGACGCUCCAGCAGCAACAGCAACAGCAACAGCAUUUGCAACAACAACAGCUGCACCUACAGCAACAGCAACAGCAGCAACAACAGCAGCAACAGCAUCUACAGCAACAGCAAUUGCAACAACAGCUGCAACAACAGCAACAGAAUCUUCUCAUGCAACAACAGCAGCAACAGCACCAACAGCAACCAAACAUGCAACAACAACAACAACAGCAGCCGGGGCUUCAGCAACAACAGGCACAACAGCAGCAAGUUGGCAUGACUCCGCAGCAAACGCUACAGCAGCUACAGAACAGCAACAUGGGCGGAAUGCAGAUGGGUGGCCAAAUGAACCCGAUGGCCCAGCAGCACCUGCAGCAACAGUACUCGCAACAGAACGCCGGUCAAAUGGUGGGUCAGCCGAACAUCGGUGGAAUGCAGCCGGGCAUGGUGGGAGGAGGUUUAGGUCCAGGAAUGGGUGGUGGAAUGCUCAACCCGCAGCAGCAACAGCAGCAACAGCAGCAGCAGCAACAGCAAGCACAGCAACAACCUCAACAACCUCAGCAGCAACAGCAAACUCAGGUUCAGCAACAACAACAGCAGCAGCAGCAAUCGCAACCGAACCCAAACAUGGGAUUUGUCGGCAACGUGAACACGAUGGCACAGAUGGCCCAACAACAGCAAGGAACGAACCAGCAAUGGGGUGGAUACAAUUCUCUGCAGCAACAGCAACAUCAGCAGCAACAGCAGCAGCAACAGGCUGCACAGCAGCAACAACAAGCGCAGCAACAGCCUCAACAACAGCAACAGCAGCAGCAACCCCAGCAACAGGCUGCGCAGCAACAGGCUCAGCAGGCACCGUUGCAGGCGCAACCGGGACAGGGACCUCAGCAGGGACCACAAGCUGGCCCGCAACAACAACAACAACAGCAGGUACAAAUGCAGCAGCAACAACAGCAGAUGUUCUACCCUGGAAUGGGUCAGGCAGCAAUGAAUCGUUUCGAUCGACCACAGCUGAACAGCUCCAAGCAAGCGCUGACGCAAAUGCUUUCAAAGCGUUCAAUGAAUCCGGGACACCCGGGGAACUUUAUGACGCAGCCGCAACCGCAGCGUAAUCCCCAGCCACAGUUUAUGCGUGGUCCGCUGCGGCCAGGCCUUCCUGGUAAUCCCGGAAUCGGGGGUAACCAGGUCGGUAUGGGUCCGAUGAAUCCGGCGAUGGCUGGUGGAAGUGCGGGUAUUGGAGCGGGUGCCGGUGGCCCGGUGAUGGGCGGACAGGCGAUGAACGCUGGUGGAAUGAUCGGAGCGCAACAGGGCGGUCAGGUGCAGGCGGGCGGCGCCGGUAUUAUGAACCAGAACGCGGCAGCCAUGAUGGGCUCGGCGGGCGGUUCGCUGAUGGGACAAUCCGGUGGCAGCAUGAUACAGGGGGGCAUGCUCAAUCCGCAGCAAAAUCCGGCCAUGGUUGGCCAGGGUAUGGGAGCGGGCGGCGGUAUCGGAGCUGGCAGCGGAAUGGGAGGUGGAACGGGAGGAAUGGGUGGUGCUGGUGGUGCGAUGAACAGCGGAGGAGGCAUGGUGGCGGCUGGUGGUAUGGUCAACGCAGCAAUGGGUAACACCGGAAUAGGCACGUCAGCGAUGGGUGGUGGCCAGGGGGGCAUGGGUGGUAACAGUGGAAUGGGCAACGCAGGCGGCAUGGGAAAUCCGGCGAUGAAUAAUCCGGGCAUGGGCAUGCAGAAUAUGCAGCAGGCCGGUGGUAACAUGCAGGGCGCCAUGUUCCAGGGACAGAACGUGCCGUACCAGAACGUUAACCAAAACUAUCCCAGCUACGGAAAUCAAGGCAUGGGCCAGCAGGGUGGUCAGGGAGGCGCGAUGAUGGGCAACUUCAACCAGAUGGCCCAACAGCAGCGUAACACACAAGCCGAGUUCUUGGCACAACAGCGGGCUGCAAUGGCUGCCGGUCGGGGCCAGUAUGGACAGCACGCACCCAAUGUGACGAUGGGCAACAUGGGCGUUAAUCAGGGUGCGGUUCCACCUUACCCGCGCCAGGGUGGAAAACCGGGUGUCGGAGGAAACAUCCCGCAGACUCAGCAACAAUUCCAGCAGCAGCGACUCCGGUUGAUGAUGCAACAGCACGCAGGAAUGGGACAAGGAGGGAACGCCCAAGGCAUGAUGCAAAACCAAGGCCAAGGUAUGAGCACGCAGCAGACGCCGAACCUGGUCGCGCAAUUGCAGCGUCAAAUGCCGAACCAGAAUAACAUGAUGGGCCAGCAGUAUCCUCAUCAACCGCCUCAGUAUUAAGUCCUGCCGCGCUCUGUCCGCUUGAAAAUGUUGCCGGAUUCGAACAUCGUCUACCGUUAGUACAUAUUUAUUACCACUGUGACUUAGAACAGAACUAUAUUUCUUUGUAUGAAAUUCACAAAUGCAAUAAAAAUAGA